AUGGCUACGGAUUACUUGUGGAUCGAAGGAAUCCCUUUCCACACAACGACCAUCAGAGACCUGAGGUCUCUGCGGGACGGAUUCGUGGUGAGGGAUGAGGAUGUCAUCACGCUGUCCUACCCCAAGUCAGGAACCAACUGGAUAAAGGAGAUCAUCAAUCUGAUCCACACCAGGGGAGAUCCCAGUUGGGUGCAGUCUGUGGUCAGCUGGGAGCGUUCACCGUGGAUAGAGACCCCCGAAGGGCUUGAACUUAUAGAGAAGCAGAAAGACCCGCGCUUCUACACCUCCCACCUCCCCGUGCAGCUCUUCCCCAAGUCACUCUUCACGUCCAAGGCCAAGGUUAUUUACAUCCUGAGGAAUCCCAGAGACGUGAUCAUCUCCGGUUAUCACUUCCACAAGACACUGAAAAUCACCAGAAACCCAAGCUCACUGGAGGAAUACUUUGAGUGGUUCCUUCGAGGACAUGUGCCCUUCGGCUCAUGGUUUGACCACGUUGGUGGCUGGCUUCAGAUGAGAGGAAAAGAGAAUUUCCUUUUUAUAUCAUACGAGGAGCUGCAUCAGGACAUCCGAGCCAGUGUGGAGAAGAUCAGCCAGUUCUUGGGCACCAAGCUUAGCCCAGAACAACUGGACUCCGUCCUCAAGAAUGUGACCUUCCAGGCCAUGAAAGACAAUAACAUGAGCAAUUUCUCUCUAGUCCCCGAUAUCCAUAUAGAUCACAGCAAAGCCUGUUUUAUGAGAAAAGGAAUCGCUGGGGACUGGAAAAAUCAGCUCACAGAGGCCCAGAGCGAAGCCUUCGAUAAAGUUUACCAAGAGAAGAUGGCCGGGCUCCCCCCAGGCCUCUUCCCGUGGGAGUAACGGCCUCACGCGUCAGCAUCGGGUGCAAAGGCUGAAUUUCCUGAGGGUCUUGUGAGCCGACCUGCUCAUACAAUCCAUCACACACUUAACGAACACCAACCCUUUCCUGUACUAACCUUAAGCCGAGUCAGCUUCAAGAAGUUACACAAUCAGCCCUGGCCGGUUUGGCUCGGUGGAUCAAGCGUCGGCCUGCGGACUGAAGAGUCCGGGUUCGAUUCCGGUCAAGGGCACGUACCUCGGCUGCAGGCUUAAUCCCCGGACAACCAGCUGACGUGCCUCUCUCACAUCAAUGUUUCCCUCUGUCUCUCGCCCUCCCGUCCGCUCUCUCUGCGGAGCUGGCGGUACUGGGGCAGCGCUGUAGGCCACCCGCCUGCCACUGUUCAAUCCAGGCGUCUGCUGGGACCAAAAGAAUAACCCAGAACCCGGGGGCAAACACUGGGUCCCAGUGGGCAAUACAAGCUCUGCUCAGGGACCGCCGAUGAACGCCAACGGGAGAAAGAAGGCGCAGCCGUCUCAAGGCAACGUCUCACUGCGAACAGGAAGGCCUUCCGGGAGCCAUCCGCACCGUUUCCCACCUACCGGGGAAUGAACAGGUCCCCUCCACCUGCAGGAAAGCGUGUUGGUGUAUUG